UCUUUCCCUUUCACUCUCUUCAACUAUCCCAAAAGCUCUCUCACCGUCCAAUCUCGCUUCUGGACUUCACCCACACUCUCCAAUGGACUCUGUUGCACCAUUGGAUCCCACCAUUUAAGCCGACCAGGUCCCCAUCCAUCUUUGAACGAAAGAAGAGUCGCCACAUAUAAUAACUACUUGGGUAUGUGUGCGUCUUCUCUGUCCUAUAUCUAAUACACACACGAAUACCUGUCUACCUAGAAUCACAUAGUUUGAUCCUGGGAAAGCUGAAAGCCGAUGGAGAACGUUGGAGGAAGCUCUUCUUCGAAUAACGACAACAGUGGAAUCAAAGAGCAAGACAGGCUGCUGCCGAUAGCGAAUGUUGGUCGGAUCAUGAAGCAGAUAUUGCCUCAGAACGCCAAGAUAUCCAAGGAAGCAAAGGAGACCAUGCAAGAAUGCGUGUCAGAGUUCAUAAGCUUCGUCACUAGCGAGGCCUCUGAGAAGUGCCGGAAGGAGAGGAGGAAGACGGUGAAUGGGGAUGACAUAUGCUGGGCCCUGGGCACGCUUGGUUUUGACGACUACGCUGACCCACUGAGGAGGUAUUUGCACAGAUUUAGAGAGUUAGAGGUUGACAGAGCUAAUCAUGACAGAGGAAAUAGCCCUCACGACAGGGAUGACAUCUAUCAAAUACCCUCCUCAGGAAUCAGCAGGCAGUGAUAUGUAUGUAUUAGUUAAAAUCAAUUAUGUUCAACUUCAACGAACCAGCAAGUAAUGAUUGCAACCUCUGUCGCAAGGCCUAUGUUUAAGGUUUUGAGACGAGGCAAUGUAAUAAUUUCCUUAGCCUUAUUAUCCUGGUUUCAUUUAGAAGAGAACAACUACUGUUUGCUUUGUUUCGCUUCUUUUCCGGUCCCUGAACGCAUGCUUUUAAGCUGGAAAUAUUUUCCGCUGAAUUUGUUGAAAUUCAAGCAUCUUUAUAUAUCGCAUCUCACUGCUUGACUUAA